AUGCUGGCGUCCCUCUUCGUCCUAGGCACCUUCCCCGCCCUGCUGACGCUGCUGGAGCGCAGAGGCCAGCUGCCGCGCACACGUACCUCGACUACUCCAUCACCAACCUCCUCGCUGCCGUUGCCAUCGCCGUCGCUUUUGGGCAGGCAGGAGAGAAUACAGGAUAACUGGCCUUCAGUCCUUAUUGCAAUGGCCGGUGGAGUCACGCUCGGCCUCGGGAACCUCAUCUCGCAGUAUGCAUGGGCGUUUGCCGGCCUGUCAGUGUCCAUAAUCAUCUGCUCAUGCAUGGCUGUUGUUAUAGGAACGACCACGAACUAUUUUCUGGAUGGGCGGAUAAAUCGAGCUGAGAUCCUUUUCCCUGGUGUGGCCUGCUUCCUCGUCGCAGUCUUCCUCGGUACAGCUGUCCACUGUUCAAAUGCCAGGGAUAAUCAGGAGAAACUAAGAACGGUGGAGAACAGAGGUACUGAGCUUAGCAGCAAUGCCACCGACACUGGGAAGGUGCUGCAGGUGGCAGAUCCUGAAACAGGUAAAAACGGCGACGGCACAGAUCACAAUGUUGUCAGUUAUCAGGCGAAAGCGAAACCGGGCAUUGCAGAGUUCAUAAUACAAAUCGAGCAGAGACGAUCAAUCAAGGUUCUGGACUCCCACAAGCUGCUGGGCCUGGGCUUGAUCUUCCUUGCCGGCACCUGCUUCGGCACCUUCCUGCCGGCGAUAAACCUGGCCACCGACGACCAGUGCCACGUCCUGCGGGACAGCGUGCCGCACCUGCUGGUCUAUACCGCCUUCUUCUACUUCUCGCUCUCGUGCCUCACGCUCGGUGUCUGCCUCAACAUCUGGUUCCUGUACCGGCCGAUGGCCGGCGUGCCGGCGUCGACCGUCGGAGCCUACCUGAGGGAUUGGAACGGCCGGCACUGGGUCCUUUUGUCAGGGACUCAGGGUUGCUCUGCGACUUUGGGAACGGUUUUCAGUUCAUGGGCGGCCAGGGCUGCUGGCUACACGACCGCUGAUGCGGUUCAGGCGCUGCCGCUUGUUAGCACGUUCUGGGGAGUCGUCCUCUUUGGCGAGUACCGGAGAUCGUCCAGGAGAACGUACAUGUUGGCAUGUUGCUUGCCGGCAUGCUGUCCAUGUUCGUCGUCGCAGUUGCGGUUCUCAUUGCUUCGGCAGGGCAUAGGAAGACAUCACCUCCAUCGUCAGAUGCUAAACUCAUUGUUCAACGUCGUCAAGCUCUAUGAAGAACAUCGUGGAUGCGACUAG